CCAGGAUGUUCUUUGCCACCGGAGGGAGAUGUGGAGGGGUCUCCUUCAGAAGAGCUGGCAGCUGAACAAGAUGAAGUCUCAGGACCCUCACUACUACAAACUGAUGCAGACAGCACAGAUUCUGAAGAGAUGGGAGAUGAUCAAGAUGAAGUCUCAGGACCCUCGCUACCACAAACUGAUGCAGACAGCACAGAUUCUGAAGAGAUGGAGGAUGAUCAAAACCAAGGUUUCGUUGACGAAAAGAAACAAAUUGCAGCCCUUCUCAUGGCAUAUGUGAUGCGGCACAGGGUGAGCGAUCAGGGUAUCGCAGAUCUCUUGGAUAUGCAGAACAUCAUAACCCCCGGUCGUGCACCAACAUCAAAGUACCUUCUUCUGAAGACUUUAGGAGCUGACGUCCCUGGUGCAGAGAAGCAUUUUUACUGCAUGGAUUGUCUAGGGUAUUUAGGUAAAUCAACCCCUGAGGGCCAGGCUCAUUGCGAAAACUGUGAACGGGAUGUAGAUAUAGUGUCUUGCCCUUUCUUUCUUGUGAUGCCUCUGAAGGAGCAAAUCGAACGGAUCCUAGCACAGCAAAACCUCAAAUGGCUCCCACAAAGCAACGGAGCUAGGAACACGAUUGGAGACGUAAAGGAUGGCAUUGAACAUGCCAGACUUUCGGCUGAUUUCUCAACUCAUGACAUCUCCCUGCUUUGGAAUACAGAUGGGAUCAGGGUGUUUGAGAAAUCAAGCUUUGAUAUCUGGCCUGUUCAGUGCGAAAUUCUUCAAUUGGACCCUGCAGUGCGGAAACAGAAUAUGUUGAUGCCUGCCCUGUGGUUUGGGUUUUGUAAGCCAAACAUGACUACUCUCCUGACACCCUUUACGAAGGAACUGCAAGAGCUUUCUACAGGAUUUUCUUGCGUGAAAGAUGGAAAAACGGUUCACAUAAGAGUGUUCGCAGCUGCAUGCUCGGUGGACGCCAUUGCUCGCUCUGCAGUGCGGAACUGUAAACAGUUUAACGGCUUUUAUGGCUGUGGCUGGUGUUACCACCCAGGGGGUUCCAGCUAUGAGUACUUGGACCCUCCUCCAGAGCGCAGGACAGCUGUCAAGCAUCUGGAAGAGGCAACAAGUGGUACCUCCUCAGUGCCCGCCAAUGGAGUGAAAGGCCCUUGCAUUGCAAUGACCCUUCCUCGGUUUGAUGUGGUAGACGGUUUUAUACCGGACUACCAACACUGUGCAUGCCUUGGUGUUAUGCGUCAGUUGCUCAAACUGUGGCUAGAGAGUGAGUACCACGAGUGUCCGUGGUAUAUCGGAACAAAGUUGCCACAACUGAACGGUUUGCUUCUGGCUCUCUCCCCACCGACAGAGAUUACCCGCACUCCAAGGAAGUUCGAAGACAGAGCUUACUGGAAAGCGUCGGAGUUGCGGGCACUGAUGCUUUUCUAUGGUUACAUCGUGUU